GUUUGUGUGUUGGAAGAUAAAACAGAAAGUGUCUGCUCUUCAUGUUGUGGGAUUACUGCUGUCGGUGCUGUUGGACACCUCAGAUCAAACACCACCGCAAGCUGUCAAUCAACACCAAGCUCAACGACACAUGGGUCAUUCUUCAGAACCUGUUAAUGUGUACAGUGUGUUUCUACUCACUUUACUACAUCACCCUCAGUUUGUGUAUCGGCAUCCUGAAGGUAGAGGAGGUGGACAGCUUAUUAGCACCUUUCAACUACAAAAUACAGCCUUCAUGGAACAACCCGGUAUAUUUAGUGAGCGUGAUCUCAACGGAGGUGACAUACGUGGUGGGAGGACUGGUGUUCGCCUGGAUUGUGGAGGAGCGGGUGUGGGACUACGCCAUCACUGUCUCACUGUUACAUGUAGGCCUCACGGUCACUGUCAUGGCCGAUUUCCCCUCCACAGAACACUGGUGGAUCUCUCAGGGUUCAGGAUUAGUGAUGAUGAUCUUCGGUGGUCAGAUUCUGUCGUAUCAUCUGUAUUGGAAGAAUUUUGUGCAUCCUGCAGACCUCCAAAACUUCUGAGUGAAAUCUCUUAACAGUUUGAACUGUG